AUGGCACCCCAAGGCCCACCUCCCAACAUUCGGCAGGCGCUGGAGUCGGCUGGUGCACAUUAUAUGAACCUGAUCGAGUUUGGCAUAAUCAAGGCCUUUAUUGACUUUAAGGUCUUCGACAACAUCCCAUCCGAAGGCAGCAUCUCGCUAGCUGAUCUCUCCAGCAAUACGGGGGGUGAUGAGUCCUUGCUCCGGCGCUUCGCCGACUAUUUGAUUGCAUCUGAGAUUCUUGCGUCACCUAGCCCGAGCCAUGUGGCGCAUACGGCCCGCUCUCUACCCUACCGCACCACCGAGAUCGCUGCCGACUUCAUCUCGCAUGUCUACCACUUCUUCCUCCGGCCUAUGGCCACUUGGGCGACCUAUUUUGAGCAGAAUGGUUUGGUUGAGCCUCGUGAUGCCGACAAGAUCCCUCUCGGCCUCUGCACCGGUCACUCGGGACUUGACCUAUAUGGGGUUCUAGAUGCGGAGCCGCAGCUAGCCAAGCUCUUCAACAGCGCACAGGAGCGAUCCGCACGCAUCUGUUCGCUAAAGGACGUAUACGAUUUUAGUUAUGUCCGGGGGGUGCUAGUGGAGGCUGAUACCACACGUCCCGCCAUUGUGGACAUUGGGGGUAGCCAUGGACUCGCACUGGGCGAGAUCCUCGUUGAUAAUGCAUUCAUCCCUGCGGCCCAGUGCACUGUUUUUGACCUUCCCAAAACAAUCAAAACCAUCACAAGCAAUAUUGAGGCCGUCAACGGUAGCCUAUCAGAGGUUCAGUUUCUCGGCGGAACGAUGCUCAAGCCGCUUCCCCCCGCGAUCAAAGGUGCUGUGGUGUACCACUUGCGCCGCGUGCUUAGCGACUUCGUCGACAAAGACAUCGUUCUGGCCCUCAAUCACGUCCGAGAGGCGUGUGCGGCUGACUCGCGCGUCCUGCUUGUUGAAGAGCUGGUGAAGCCGAACCGAGGCAAAUUUGCCAUUGCACAGGACAUCUCGGUGAUGAACUUUGGGGGCAAGCGCCGGAGCGAGGCAAUGUGGCGCGAUCUUGCAGAGCAGGCGGGACUUCGUUUGAGCAGUGUGUUUGAGGAGGCCAAGUCGGAGUUUGCUGUUCUUGAGUUGCUUCCAAUUUAG